AUGUCAAGCUCGGGAGUCUCGGUCGCACCCGAGUGCAUCCAGGCGUUCAACGACCUCAAGCUCGGCAAGUCGACCAAGUGGAUCAUCUACAAGAUCUCCGACGACUGGAAAGAGAUUGUCGUUGAGGAGACCUCCACCGACCCAGACUACAGCAAGUUCCGCGAGAAGCUGACCAACGCCAAGAGCAAGAACAAGAGGGGUGAGGAGGGCAUUGGUGGCAGAUACGCCGUCUUCGAUGUCGAGUACGAUGCGGACGGCGGUGAGGGCAAGCGCAGCAAGAUCACCUUCAUCUCUUGGGUGCCAGAUGAUGCGUCGCAAUACCCACGCAUGAUGUACUCUUCCUCCAAGGAUGCACUCAAGCGCGCACUGAACGGUAUUGCCGCUGAUAUCCAAGCCAACGACGCCGAUGACAUCGAGCACGACAGCGUCGUCCAGAGGGUCUCCAAGGGUCGUUAA